AUGAGCAAGUACACUGUGCGUGUGGCCACCAGCUCCCUCCUGGGCUCAGGGACCUGGGACAGAGUGUCGGUCAGCCUGGAUGGGACCCCAGACGAGAGCUCCCGCUUGAGGCUGGACGGCUUCGGGAAGGACUUCCGUCAAGACGCAAUGAGGGACUUCGAGGUGACUCCGCCCCAGGACGUGGGCCCGGUGCUGCUGGUGAGCGUGCACAAGGCGCCCCCAGCACUGCCAGGGCCCCUCCUGCCCUCGGCCCGGGACGCCUGGUUCUGCCGCUGGCUCCAGCUCAUGCUGCCCGGGGGCGCGCCCCUCCGCUUUCACUGCUACCAGUGGCUGGAGGGCGAGGGCAGCCAGGUGCUGCGGGAGAGACAGUUCCUGAAUGGCCUCAACCCGGUCCUGAUCCGACACUGUCACCACCUCUCCAAGAACUUCCCUGUCACUGAUGCCAUGGUGGCUCCCGUGCUGGGCCCCAGGACCAGUCUUCAGGCUGAGCUAGAGCUCUCCCAAAUAUCUGGCCCAGACAGCCCCAUCUUUGAGCCCAGCAACUCGCCUGAGAACUAA